AUGCAUCAAAACGUCGUCGUGUUGGACAACGGCGGCGGCCUAAUCAAAGCCGGACUCGGCGGCGAGCGCGACCCCUCAGCCAUAAUCCCCAACUGCGUCUACCGCCCACUCUCCUCCAAGAAAUGGGUGCACCCUUCACCCACCGAGCCCAUGGACCUCACCUCCGCCGCGGUCCGGCGGCCCAUCGACCGCGGCUACCUAAUCAACCCGGAUCUCCAGCGCGAGAUCUGGGCCAACCUCUUCUCCUCCCUUCUCCGGGUCAACCCGGCCCAAUCGUCCCUUCUCCUGACGGAGCCCCUCUUCACCCUCCCCUCCAUCCAACGCGCCACCGACGAGCUCGUCUUCGAGGACUUCAACUUCUCGUCGUUCUACGUGGCCCACUCUCCCUCCCUGGCCCACCUCUACGAGGCCAGCCAGCGGACCUUUAAGGCCCAAUGCAGCCUCGUCGUCGACUGCGGCUUCUCUUUCACUCACGCCGUCCCUGUUUUCCAAAACUUCCCCAUCAACUACGCCGCUAAGCGAAUCGACUUGGGCGGCAAGGCCUUGACCAAUUACCUCAAAGAGCUUGUAUCUUACCGCUCUGUCAAUGUCAUGGACGAGACCUUCCUCAUCGACGACGUUAAGGAGAAGCUCUGCUUUGUUUCCUUAGACGUUGCUCGUGACCUCCAGAUCGCAAAGAAACAAGGGAAGGACAAUGCUUUCAGGUGCACGUAUGUGUUGCCUGAUGGUGUUACGCAUACAAAAGGGUUCGUUAAGAACCCAGAAGAGGCGCAGAGAUACUUGGCUUUGGGAGACGGUGACACACUUGAAGAAGUGCAGCAAAAGAUGGAUGUGGAUCAGAUGGAAGUUACAAACAAGCUGGAGGAUCGAAAGAAGAUUGAUUUAACCAAGAAUGAAUUUGACUUGACAAAUGAAAGGUUCCUUGUGCCGGAGAUGAUCUUCCAUCCUGCCGAUUUGGGAAUGAAUCAGGCUGGGCUAGCGGAGUGCAUAGUUCGAGCUGUCAGUUCCUGCCAUCCUCAUCUUCAGCCUGUACUCUAUGAAAACAUUAUUUUAACUGGCGGAAGCACACUAUUUCCUCGACUUUCUGAUAGACUAGAGAAGGAGCUGCGGCCUCUUGUUCCUGAUGACUAUCAAGUGAACAUAACUCCUCAACAAGACCCCAUACUAGGUGUUUGGCGAGGAGGAUCUCUUUUAGCAUCAAGUCCUGAUUUUGAAGCAAUGCGUGUCACCAAGGCUGAGUAUGAGGAGCUUGGAUCUGCUCGAUGUCGCAGGAGAUUCUGUUAA